AACACCUUAUAGCUUAUAUAUAUAUAGCUUUAAAAAAAAUCAGAUUUCUGCAAAACUAUUAACCUCUAUAUCUAAAUAACAAGUUAAAAUGAGUAGUGCAGAAGCCCAAAAUGAGAAUGAGAAGACCACCCAAAAUGAGAAUGAGAAUGAGAAGAUGAAUCCAAAAGGGAUAAUAGUUUUAGGUGUUUAUAUUCAUUGUGAAGGCUGCGCAAAUGAAGUGCUCAAGUAUCUUCGUGGAUUUCAAGGUGUGGAGGGGGUCGAAAUCGACGUGAAGAAUAAUAAGGUGACAGUGAAGGGGGAAAAGGCCGACCCCAUCAAAGUUAGUGAGAGAUUGAAGAAAAAAAGUGGGAAGCAUGUUGAAUUGAUCUCUCCCAUCCCUCGCAAACAAGACCAAAACAAACACCCAAAAAAGCCUCAGGCAGAUCUGUUUGAUGUGGUAUUGAAAAUUUACAUACACUGUGAGGGGUGUGCAAAAGAAGUGAAGCAUUGCAUCCUCAAAAUGGAUGGCGUGCAAACAGUGGAUCCGGAUGCAGCGAAGAACACGGUGGUUGUGAAGGGAAGUAUGGAGCCAAAGAAGCUUGUGGAAUUCAUCAACAAGAGAGGUGGAAGGCAUGCAGAGAUUUUGAAGCAAACCAAAUUAAACAAGAAAGGUGAUGAGAAGCAUGCAGAGAAUCCCAAAGAAUCGAAGCAAACCAAAAAAAACAACAAUGCCCAAAAUUCAGACCAAAAUGCAUUGAAUUCCCAUCGACUUGUGUUUGCGCCUCAAUUAUUUAGUGAUGAGAAUCCUAAUUCUUGUUCUUUGAUGUAAUAUCAACGAUACAAACUCCAUGCUACAAUGUAAUAAGAGGCCAUGAUAAGGUUGAAUGUUUGAAAUUUAAUUGAUGCAAAGUUGCAUCUAAAAAAUUUACAUUGG